AUGGAUGCUGCAGCAUUGGUGAAUUAUUCAAGAUCAUGGCGUACAGUGCCAAAACAGAUCAAAUGCCAAAUAACGGAGCCAAAUAUGCACAGGUAACGAGUUCGGUUUCCUUUUAUUUCCUUUCACGUACUUUUGAAAUUUUACGGGCGGAAAUCUGUCAUAGUUAAAAGAAAUAUAGGAUAGAUGGAGACGCGAUACACGGAGAAGUGUGUUGAAAAAAUAUGGUUUAGUAAGGAAAGGCAUAAUUUCAAAGUGAUUUACAUUCCUUUGAACUAAGGGCCUGUUUAUAGAUAACUCCCGCUGGAUUGGUUUUCAAUAUCUCGCCAUAAAUGUUUACUUUGGCAGUUUUUAAAACUUCACUGCGUUCAUACGAGAAAGUGGGCCUGCCAUGUGUCAACUGGGUCGUCCCUGUUGAUGCGGACUAAGUUCCUGUAGCUUGUUGUUGGCGCUCACCUUAUUCUCCACACUAAAAACUUGUCCAACAAUUUCUUCCAUUUUCAUGUAGAGCUUUCAGGCAAUAUAUCGAAGUGGAUCUUACAGUAUCUAAUAGAACUUGCAACCAGGAAGGCAAGAUCAACUACUUGGAACACGUUGUUGUGAUUCUUCACGCCAGAUUUGAUAGGCGUGGUUAUCUAGAAGGCUUUUUAACCUCGCUUAAUUCUUCCUUAUCGUGCUAA